AUGGAGAAAGGAACAUGUCAAAUGGCGAUGUUUGCGGGGCUAAUGCUAAAACAUUCUCGUAACAGAAAUACCAAAAACAAAGAAAAUUUGAGAAAGGUGCAAAGAGAGAGAUUGAGAAAUGGCGAGCAACAACAAUGGAAUUGGAGGAAAAGAAGAGAGAAGAAGAAGGAUUGCAGAAAGAGGUUCUGAUCGAAUGGCAUUAAUAACUGGCCGUAUCAAUGCACUUCCACCUACACCUACUUCUGCCGCGUCAUCACCAAUAUAUCCUCGUCAUGGACAAACCAUGUCUGCUUCUGUAUUCGAUGAAUACCUUGGUGGUGCUGAAGACAACAAAAAUGAUGCAUCUAUUGCUUCAAGACUAAAACAUCAAGGUGGUUUCAAGUAUUCAAAUUUCGAGACAAAACAUGAAGAAGAGGAACCUCUAAUAAAAGAUUCCAACACCAUUCCAAAAUCCAAAACCAAAUCAUCAUCAAAAUCCAAACAAACAGGAUCAGUCGAGGCGAAAAAGCCUCGUAGCUGGCGUAAACACACAUUUUUCUCAUCAAGAGAGCUGAAUUUCUGCAUCUUAGCUUCUGAAAACACAAGAGCACUAAGUUCAUUGAUAAUAGCAUUGCUUGUUGUUUUUUACUACACAAUCUCAGAAAGUAUUUUGGCUUCAAGACCACUCUACAUUGUCUUGGUAACCGAUGUAACGAUCGUUGUUGCUCGCAUUUACCGCGAAAAGACUCGAUUUUUGGAAGAGAAAGAAGGAGAUAAAGGUGAGGCUGGUGAAGAUGGACAUAGUUGGGGUGAUGCAGUUAAACUUUUGGAGAGAGGUUUGGUUCUUUAUCAAGCUAUAAGAGGUGUUUUUAUUGAUUGUAGUAUUUAUUUAGUUGUUGUUGUAUGCUGCAUUUCCUUAAUGUAGCUUUUUUUUUUUUUUUUUUAACUAUUUUGCAAUGUCUUUAAUGUUUCCCUCUUUAGGCAAGUAUUUGCUCCUAAAUAAUUUUUUGUUGUAAAUUCUUAUUUGUUUUUGUAUCAUUGA